GGGAAUCGAGUUCGGCUUAUUUUUAGAAUUUUCAAGGAAUUAUAUUUUGAUUCUUGAUAUAAAAAUUCAAAUGAAGAGUAUCAGAUUAACCAACUGAGUUAGAACAUGCCUUCUCAAGUUCAAGAAAAAAUACGUCCAGCAUAUGCAGACGAUUGGAACAAUCAAAACAUGGAAGUUAAUAAAGCACUAAGUCGAGAUGAUGUGAGUAAUCAAGCAAGACUCUUGCUUAAUAAAUUUAUAAAAGAACGAAUGGAACAGGACAUGAUUCAAGAUUCACCAAGUUUGAGUGAUUUGAUUGAACCAGGAACUCCUGUUGGUCCACCAAUGGAUCAUGCAAGAGAAGUAGGUAGAGCACUGCGAUGUAUUGGAGAUGAACUUGAUAAAGAUGAAAGAAUGUUGAAUUUAAUUGCAAGAGUUCCACCAGAAGCUGAACAUAAAACAUUUUUAAAUGUAGCUAGUGAAAUAUUCAAAGAUGGUGUGGUCAAUUGGGGAAGAAUUGUUGCUUUAUUUUAUUUUGCUUAUAAAAUAUGUCUAAAGGCUUUAGAUAGAAUACCAUUGAUAAGAGCUAUGAUAAAUUUAGUAGUAGAUUUUAUAAGAGAUCAUGUAGCUGGUUGGAUUAUUGGUAGAGGUGGGUGGGAGGCUAUAGUGGAAUAUUUUGGAACACCUACAAAACAAGUAGCUGUUAUUUUAGGAGCUGGUGUAUUAGUGAGUGGAAUUGUAAUGCUGUGGAAGGGUUGGCACUAGAUUAUAAAUCAUUAUAAUUUAGAUGAAAUGUUGUUCAAUCAAGGAAAUGAAGUAGUGAGUUAUUUGAUGUGAAGUUGCCACAAACUUAAACAUAGUUUGAACUCUCAGAGAAUGACUUUGUGUGUGUUAUUAGUGGAGAAAUAUAAAAAAUGACAACCAUACAGGGGAAUUAGAUGAUACUUAAAACUGAAUUGUGAUGUGUAAAUUUACUGUGGCAUCAACCAAAAUAUUUGCUCUUUUUUUCCUUUAAAUGCAGUAUCAAUUUCUGCUCAAAAAACAAGUGGAAAAAAAUAAAACAUAAUCAUAUUUGGAUCAAGGCUGAGUUAAAAGUCUAUGUUUUAUCUUUACUAAAGAAGCUCCAUCUGUUUCUAUAAUCUAACAAUAGAUAAUGAUAACAUGUAAUCAUUUAAAAAAAAUUCAAGAUGCCCCCUGUUAAAAUGCUACCCUUAGGUUGGUGACAUUAUCAAAUAAUAUUUGUACCAGAUCUUUCAAGCUUAAAUCUGUCAAUGUUUUUAUAGCAAACCAAUCAAAUUUGUUUAUUUUUUGUGUCAAAAUUAACUGUUAGUUGUGUUUUGACCCUUUCCAUUGACUGUCCUGGUUCAGAUAGUGACACCACUAAAGCAAUUAUUACUUUAGUGUGGCAUUUGAACAAAAGCUUUUAUAAAGUUUUUCAAAGUUGAUUCAAGUAGCUGUCACUUUUAUCUAUGUAGUUUUAGAAUAAAGAAAGACAUGUACCUUCUCCUUUAAUACAUGUUUACUUCUUUGGUGCCACCUUUUAUUGUGUUUGUGAGUUUAUUAUAUCUAUUAUAAUUAUGAAAUCCUCUACAUAUUCCAUCUAUCUUCAAUUUUAAUAUCAAAGAUAUGCUGGAUUAUAAUGAAUUCUAAAAUAAGAGUUUUCUCCCAAGGAUAUACUGGGACAUGUCAGAGAAAAUGGUCAGUAAUGAUUGUCAAUUUCAUGAUUAAAUACUGCAUCAAAUACAAAAUAUAUAGCAUCAUCAAAUUUCUUGUAGAAACUGGUAAUAUUAGGAAGUUAUUUUAAAAUGACAAGUUCAACAAACUUUCUCUGUUAUAUAUAAAGAUUUAAUUUUUCCAACAUUGUUCAAAUAAUGUGUUUUAGUACAUAAGAACUAAAAAAUGCAUGUAUUUUAUCAAAGAAUUUGGUUUAUAUACAUGGAGAGAGAUCCUUUUUAAAAACCUAAUUUAUUGACAACUGAUAUUUUCCAAAUGUGCAAUCGGAUGAAUCAGUGUAUAAGGGUUCUUUUACUAAAACACACAGAUAUUAGGGCGUUAUUUGUAUUAUUAUCUUUAGUAAGAAUGCUUGACUUUCCUAAUCUGAAAUGAUAUAUAUUAAUAAUAUCAUUGUUUCAAACUUCCCUACACCAAUAACCUUUUUCUACAAAGAUACAUUUAUAAUUAUUAUAUAGGGUACUAACAAGACAAAAUAAUGUAGUUUUGUGCUCAAAAAAUAGAACUUGUAAGAAUAUAUAGUUUAUUGUGAAUAAGAUUUCUGAAAUCGUUUUGUAUGCUACUUUAAUUUAUAUCACUUUGACAUUAGACCAUAUAAAAAAAUAUUCUGGUUCUCAGAUAAUCACGUAUCACUUCAAAAUAGCAUCAUGACCCGUUUUAAAAAAAUCUCAUUAAUAACCACACUAAAUAUUUUACCCCAAUUACAAGAAGUAGCCCAUAAAAUAAAUUUGAAUGAAUCUAGAAAUGUGGCCAUGACUCGUUUAUCAAGUACACAACCAUGAUAAAUUUUACUGACAAUCAUAAAUUAUACUGGAUACCGGUAGUCAUACAUUCCUACUAACAAGAAUUACAUGUAGAUAAAUGCAGUGCCUUGAAAUGUGAUGUAUAGCAUAGUAGUGAUCCUUUAACAAAAUAAAAACACACAAAUAAAAACCUCCCUCCCACAUCAGAUUUUUGGUAAGGAUUAUCCAAGAACUAGAAUAUUUUUUUUUGAAUGGCCUUCAUCUCAUAUGUUCAUGUUGCACAUGAUUUUUAAUUGCUUUAUAUUCAAACAAUGCUUUAAAAGACAUUUUGCUUGUUAAAUUAUUUAAUAUUUGUCAAUAUUUGAAUUCAUUGUUUUAGUUAUGACAUGACAGUUUGAAAUUUUCUGGUAAAUUUUGCAGAAAAGCCUGUUUAUGUAAAAUGUUGUGUUGGACGUACUUGAAUUUAAACAAUGAAAUAAUAUGACUUUACUAUCAGGGGGUAUUCUUAGUUUAUUUAAAAUUUGUGAUAUGAUGAAAAACAAUGUGUUCUUGAAGAUGUUAAGAGCUGUAUAUUUGUAAUUGUAACAUGGACGGGAAAUCUUCCUUUGUUCUUUUUGUUGAAUAAGCAGAUUGUUUUCCCUCUAGUAGAUUAGGUGGAGCUUAACCGUGCAAUAACUAGACAUGUUCAAUGUUAUUGCACUCUUUUGCUGGUUUACACUAGUUUUAGUAGAAAUCAUAUAGAGAAGUGGGGUGGGUUUUCUGUGCAAUAACAACAAGCAUGUUGAGCAGGUGUCAAUGUUACAAGUCAUUUAUAGCACGCUUCAUUCGUUAACAGAUUUAACCUGUUAACUCAUGAAAGCCCUGCUAUAAAUAUAACUUAAUCAAGAAUUAAAAUAGAUGAUUUGGGUAUGUGUAGUUUUUUGCACAUGGUUAUAUCAGCGCACUGAUUGACUUUUACAAGCGUUAUUGACCAGAAUGUUACUGUUUGUAAACUUUAUACCACUGUGUUCAAUCAGUAUUGCCCUCUAAUUUUUGAAAACAGAGGCCAUAAACAGCGUGGUUUCUGAAUCAAAAAUAGUUUAUGAAGGAAAUUUUGUAUAAGUGGACUAAAAAUUGUUGCAGUUUUCAUUAAAUCCAUAACCACAAAAAAUUAGGAUAAAAUGUGCAAAUUUAAAUUUUCUAUUUAAUUUCAAAUCUUGUCUUAAAUUCUUAAAAUAUUAGCUCCAAACUAAGAAAACGGUAAAGAUAUGUGACCUAUGCAUAAAUGGAUUUACUUCAAUAGAAGAAAAGACACCAAUUUUGACAUCUAUGCACAGACUUUCUGGACUAUGUGUAAGUUAAGGCUUGAUAUUAUGAGUAACUGGCAUAUGAAUUAGAUGAAAUUCAUUUGAAACUGACAUUAAUUACACAUUUUCUUUUUUAUGGGAUUUUAAGACACUAUGUAUUUGAUACUUCAUUAUGAUCUCUGGAUAAUAUGAAAUAUUUUAAACACUGAAAUAAGUAUUGAAGACUUUUCUAUUUACCAUAGCAUUGUUUUAACAUUUGUUUAAUACACCAUGUUUUUUUUUGUAAUAUAAUGUCGUACAUAUGUAAAUAAAAUUAAUAACAAACCUUGAA